AGUAAUCCCAGGAUUCAGGAUCAGGGACCCCAGACAUGCCCAGGAGUCUGCUAGCCAGGAGUACCUCCCUUCCCCCUGGUAUGACCCCACUCUCCUGCCCAGUCCCUCACUGAGGAACUUUCCCCAUGUCUCCUUCAUGUCCCCUCUCUGUCCCCUCAAUGUCUCCAGUGUCCCACACUGGUCCCUGUGGCCUCUCCUCUCCAUGGCGCCCCUGGCUCAGACCCUGGCACUGCUGGCAAUGACCAUGGCUACUGUGGCCAUCCAGGUGAUCCCCCUGGACAUGGCCCAGGACUCCUUCGAUGACCAGUACCAGGGCUGCAGCCCUGCCAUGACAGCAGAAUUACCGGCCCUCCACUCCUACGAGUUCCAUCAGAACAAGAAGUUUGCCGAGGCUUGGGCAAGGGCAAAGGCCAAGUGGCAGAGUCGGGGGUCCCCUACAUCCCCUCUGUCCCCAGAACAGGCCACUGCCAUCAUGACCUUGACAAUGGGUGGCCUGUCCGAUAUGUUCAAUGAUGCUGUACGUGUGGCCGGGCGCUCCCGCCAGGAAUAUUGGUACAAUUUCCACUUCAAAACGCUGCAUUUCCUGCUGACCGAUGCCCUGGCGACGCUGAGGGAUGCUCAGAAAGGGCAGUGUCUCGACGUGUUCCUGUGGAUGUGUGGGCCCCGGUUUGACACGCAGCAUGGUGACAUCGUCCGGUUCGGUCAAUUCAUGUCAUCGUUCCUGAGCAAACCAAGUGGGCAGUGCUCCGAUCUCAUGUUAGUCGAGCUGCACACGUGCCAUGGCGUGGAAAUCCAGUUUUUUACUGAACAUCCAGGAGAGGGGGUGGUGCUGAUCCCACCCUUCGAGACCUUCAAGGUCACCCAAGUCACCCGGGAACGGGACAAGACACAGAUCCAGCUCCGCUCCACCGGGACCUUCAGCAACUACAACUGCGAGUGGCUGCGAGGUGGGACAAUUGCCAGGGCUUCCUUCCACCUCGGAGGGCUCCUCCUGACCACCACAGCCUUGGCAGUGGCCACUGGGAUCCUCUGAGCCACGAGGCCACCAAGAUCAGCGAGGUCACUGUGGUCCCUGUGGCAGCCAUGGCUGCAAUGACCACCAUGACUCCCUGAGCCACAAGGCUGCCACAGCCACAGUGACCAGUGUGGCCACCAAGGCCAUUGUGCAAAGCAAUUCUAUUAAUCUAUGCUACCAUAACAAUUCCAUUAAAUAAAUCUGACAAAGCUA